GGCAGACUGGUUCCUGCUGGACAGCCGGAUGGUUCGCCACGCUGCCAUCGGCCUGUUCUGCUGCGGGGUCUCGGUGUACCUGACAGCUCUCGCCAUCUACAUGCUGCUGCUGUUUGAACUGGAGGCCGGCAUCGCCAGCGCCUGUAUCCUCUCCUCCGGCAUCCUCGUCCUGCUGAUCACCGUGACGCACGCCCUGGUCCGGGCUUCCCAGGCUUCGCGCCGCAGCCGCUCCGAGAUCUCUCACACCCUGUACGAGAACGACUCUGCCCAGCACGGCGAGUCCUCCACCAGCGAUCUGAACAACAAGAACGUGGCCGCACCCCGGUGGAACGGCGUCACGCAGGAGAUGAGGAACGUGCUGUCGCGCAAACCUGGAGCCUCGGGCAAGGACUCGACGCUGGUGUGA